GAUUGGUCACAACAAUAACAACCACCACCACCAUGGCAGCAGCUGGCGCUGACAUGAAGCCCCUUCAGCAUGCCAUGAAAAUAGCUAAAGUGGCUAUACAAUUGGACGCAGGGAACCGACAUAAGGAAGCUUACUGUGAAUACUUGAGGAGUAUCAACUUCAUCACCCACUCACUUUUGGAGGAUGCUGUAUCUAGGCAGGGAGAGAUAGUAGAGGUGGAAAAGAUGUUGAGGCUGGCUGAGCAGUGUUUGGAGAGAGCCAAGUCCUCCUUCAUAGGAAGGAGAGAUGAACCUGCAACCCCUAUCUCCUACACGACACCUAUCAACUUGGCAGCACUCAGCCUGACCACAGCCUUAGCAGUAAGCCCUGGAAAGAUUGUUUCGCCACAACCACAAGAGCCGGUUAUUUACUCGGGGCCUAAACAUAACCCCAGGCCUGGACAGCGCAAAGUUCUCUCUGAGGGUGGAGGGGAGGUCAUCACCUUCCUGUCCCCAGAAAUCUUCCAGAGUUUGCAGAUAGUGGAGUCGCAGGAUACCAGGAAGGAACUUACACCCAUAGAGGAGGCCUCGCGGUUGAACCAGAAGUUGAAAGAAAAUUAUGAAGCUCGUCUGGCCCGACUCCCCCCUGCACAGGCCCGUACACAGAAGACUUCCCUGACACUCUCUCUUCAGAGGCAGAUGAUGGAGAACCUAAUCAUUGCCAAGGCCAGGCAAGAUGCUCUACAAAGGAAGAUGGAGGAGAGGAGACUGCGGCUGCAGGAGGAGGCCAACAGGAGAUUUGCCACAUCUGGAACAAUUACUGCAGAAGAACAGGAGCAACGUGUUUUGUACACAAAUGUUUUGGAAUAUGAACAAGAUCAUGACUGGCCCAAGCUAUGGAAAGCCAACAUUAAGAAAAAUCCUGAUGAUCCCACAUUGGUGUCCGGCCUUGUUUCAUGUCUUCUCAGCUGUCCAGACCACCCUGUGAUGAUGUUACUGAAAAGGCUCCAGUACAGAGUUUACAACAGGCUCUACCCAAUCGUGAGUAAGAGUCUCCCUACAAGUCCUGCCCUGCCCAUGAAACCCUCCCACAGUGCCCAGAGCCUGUUGAUGUUAGACUCUCAUCAGAACGUGUCAAAAUCCGAAGUGGGCCACAGUAUGUCCUCCGAUGCCUCUCUCAAUAUCUCCUUCUCCCAUGACCAUAUUGCUAACGAGGAGGAUAGUGAUGGGCCCCAUACACUGGACAGGGAGAAUUCGUUUGAGGAUCUGGAGCAGUUUCUGACACAGUUGGACUGGGCUCCAUCACAUGGGGACCCUGACGUGACCUUUGAACAGUCACAGUUGGAUCAGGAGGAGCCUCUCGUUCAAGACUUGGAGAUGCGUGAUCUCAAGGAACACCUCAAGGCUAUUGUGAAGGACAUCCAUAUUGCCAUUGAUCAACUGCUGUCGCUAUGUCUUCUCUCCUUUGAGUGUCUGAACACAGCCAGUUCUAAGGACCUGUGUGUGGCCAGCAUAGAAGAAGCUUUCUUCACUCCCCUCUGGAGCUCUUUGUUGGCUCUCUUCAGGAAGGUCCACAGAGAGAGGGAGCUGUCCUUUGAGUCCAGUAUGAGGCUGUAUCGGGAUGCCUCACCUGGUGAUGUUGGUGUCCCAUCGAAACUGUACCCCCAGGACCCUGUCAUGCUGCAUGGUUCCUACCCCUAUGACUCGGCAGUGCAAGAGCUUCGCUUGCUGUGCAGAGAUUGCUGUCCCCAGAGAAAGCUGGAGUGCAUUGUUCGAACGUUGCGUCUGAUCUGUGCUUGUGCUGAGGACUACUCCUGCCUUCAUGAGGCAGAAUCCAAAACUGCAGCCAUUGGGGCAGAUGACUUGUUGCCCAUCCUCUCCUAUGUGGCUCUGCACUGUGAGCUGCCUCAGUUGGUGUCAGAGUGUGCUGCCCUGGAGGAGUUCAUUCAUGAAGGGUAUCUGAUUGGAGAGGAGGGCUACUGCUUGACCUCCAUGCAAAGUGCUCUGCAAUAUGUGGAGUCAUUGCACACAGGAGGGUUUCAGCUACACAACACUAAAUUCACCUGAUACAGGAUGAAGAUUUGUUUAGAACAGACAUAGAGCGGUUGGGGCAGUGUUGACCUGAUGGGUCUGUGUGCUGGAGGCCUGGCAGGGAGGAGGGGAGAUAAGACACUGACGGUCAUAUGGCUGGAUUGUUCAGAGUGCUUCCGGACCAGAGGAGAAAACAUGCCAAUGCGAAUCAGGAGGAGUCCAGACAACCGCAGAGGACUAACUUUAAUGCAUAACUCGCGCUCAUUGUGUGUCCCCUUGAAUCCCUUCAAGUCCACUUACCUUGUCACACACAUGCAAGCUGAAAUCUCAGUCAGAGCUCGGAUCCUAUCAGGACCCAUUAUGCCGUAACAGACUACUCAGUCCCAGCCUCCUUGGCAUAAUACACUGCUCCAUUCCCAGACAGAUCCUCGCAACUCUUCCACCUCCCCUCAUAACAGCCUAUUACACGUACACACUCCGUGUGGUGCUGACAUCCAUUAUACACAGUCUAUAAAGCAAGAACACCCGAGUGGGCUCCCAAAUGGCACAAUCAAGGGUCUGGAAUCAUACCGGACCCUGGUUUGAUUCCAGACUGUAUCACAACUGGCUGAGAUUGGGAGUCCCGUAGGGCAGGCCACAAUUGGCCCAGUGUCGUCUGGGUUUGGCUGGGGUAGGUCGUCAUUGUAAAAAAAAAAACAUUUGUUCUGUAACUGACUUGCCUAGUUAAAUUUAAUUUAAAAAUAAAAAAAACCUCUUUCCAUGACAUGGACUGAUCAGGUAAAUCUACAGUACACAGUUUUGUUGUAACCCUUGACAAACACACCUCAUUCAACUCAUUGAGGGCUUGAUGAUUAGUUGAAUCAGGUGUGCUUCUCCAGGGUUAGGAUUCAAAUGUGUAAUGUUAGUGUUACUGGAGGACCAGGGUAGGGAAACACUGGUGUAAGGUACAGGAGGAGCUAGAGGUGAAGCAGAGGAAUGUCUGUACCUCGGGUGGCCAGACCUGGGUUCAAAUACUAUUUCAAUUUCUUUUCAAUAGAUUUCUAAACAAGUAUUCAAAACCUUUAUUUGAAGAAGAAAAAAACAAGUAGUUGAAUAUUGGAAUGUAUUUAUAAAUACACUGUGCGUGCUGGUUGCGUUUUUGAGCGGAUUACUUUUUUGCCUUUCAAAGUUUGUUGCAUUAUGGGGAUAAAAAUUGUUUGACUUGCGCCUACAUGUUGACUGCAAACGUCAACUGAUCAAAGGUCGUGAAAUUGUGACUGCAGGUUUAUGCAGUUAAUCUAUGAGCAGCUAUCGCCUGCAUGGUUGACUAUUGUCAGCUAAUCAUUUGGGUGUUUUUGUUUGACCCACAACAAAUGUGACCAACGACAUGAAAGAAACAGGAACCAACUCUUGUAUACAGUGGAUAUGUACAAAUGAAUGUGAUAUUGGAGUCCCCCUCUCUCACCAAUUGAUUGUACAAUGUACAAACAUAUUUUCAGGUUGUGAGUGCUUGAUAUGGAGGUUGGAGACAUGUUUAUUUUGACGACGUUUAUAAAAUAUGUUCUUUAUAAUGUCAACACUGCCAUGUUGCACUGAACUUUGCUGUUGGAAAACCACAUCAGUGUCUGACUUUCGGUUGUCACUGAUGCACCUCCCCCUACUACUUAACUCCUCAACCUUUGUCAACAGUCGGUUGCUUUAGCCUUACCACUCAAACAAGCCCACUGACUCAAAUACACUCCCAUGCAUUAAACUCAGGUAUUUACUUUCAUAUACAAUUUGGUUGACUACUUGGUUUUUACAAAUAACCAUUCAAAAACUCAAAUAAAAGUACUUGUUUUUUGCUAUGUAUUUGAAAAUACUCAGAUAAAAUAUAUUUAAUAAACAAGUAUUAAUAUACACAUGCACUGUAUUUGAACCCAGGUCUACUGGUGGCCUGUUAUAUCAGCCUAUAACCCUGUGUGGGGUACAGUGUCCUGGCUCUAGUGUGAUCUAAAGCAGAGGAUGCAGCAAUAGGAAGCCCUAGGUUGAGAUAGUUGGGCUAAACUUGACAACAGCUGUUAGGUGGGUUCAUCCUCACCAAAGGACCAUGCCAGGUGGCCUGGAAAGUAUGAAUGACAGCUACCCAGUGCAUUUGACACCCCAUUGCCUGCUGACAUCUACUGUUCAUGUCAACAUUGGGAACUAAUCAUCUGAUAAGAUGUGUGUGUGAGGCCAUGCUCUGACGAUGCUGGCGUGAGAUCAAACUGUCCUCUCCAUCUCUCCCUGACCUCAGAGCUGGCCACAAAGUUGAUUCAAGUCUGUGGAGUGUGUAAGCCUCCAGAAAGGUCUCCAAAAACACCAAAUAACAAUAUUUUAAUAGAUACAGCAUUAAACAGACAAAUCCCUCUGCUCUCUCAUCACACCACUCUUGAGUUGUUUCCCUGUCUGUCAUAUGUGGACCCGACCACACACACACCCACCCACAUUAUUGUAACUAAGGUUCAUUGUAACAAAGAAACACUAAUACUUGCAGGUGCUUAAGUGAUAAGAGCACGUGUUCAAAAUGUUAUUUUCAGAGUUUCCUAGAAUGUAUCAAGUGAAUCUGUUGCCUGCCAGUCUGUCUCUCAGCCUGACUAUAUGUUGUGGUUUCUUUUGGCCUGUGAAUGUGAGAUGUUUUUUUUUUUAAUUGACAACUUAAGCUUUGGUAAGCACUUGCUACACUCACACGGAAAGGGGAGCAUGAUACUGCCAAGGUCUCAUAUGUUUUUCCGUCUGUUUUAAUCCCUUAACUGAUUCACAUGUUUUAAAGGGGGAUCGGUCAAUCCAAUGUUUUAUGAAA